GCUUAAAAUGUGAAAAAAUUAAACAAAUUGAAAAAGUUGUCGUCCUUUGAGAAUCUGCAACUCCUCACCCUGGAGAGAGAUGAAUUAAACCACGGGAAAAAAAAAUUGAGAGAGAAUCUGUCUUAAACUCCUUGGGUUUUAACAUAAUCGAAGAGUUUUUCUAUAAUUUUCGAUCUCUCUCUACCGUUCCCUUCUUUCCGAGCUCGGUUUUUGUCUCUUUGGCCUUCUGAUUCUCCAUUUCUCGGAAAAAUGGAUGGGUCAACUCACCGAAUUAGCAGUAGUGUUGAUGUGUUUUUACCAAAUUACAAACUUGGUAAAACUCUUGGAAUUGGUUCCUUUGGUAAGGUGAAAAUUGCAGAGCAUGCAUUGACUGGCCAUAAAGUUGCCAUCAAGAUACUUAACCGUCGCAAGAUAAAGAACAUGGAGAUGGAAGAAAAAGUAAGAAGAGAAAUCAAAAUCCUGAGAUUGUUUAUGCAUCCGCAUAUUAUAAGACUAUAUGAGGUUAUAGAAACACCAACUGAUAUAUAUGUCGUGAUGGAGUAUGUGAAGUCUGGAGAGCUUUUUGAUUAUAUUGUGGAGAAGGGUAGGCUACAGGAAGAUGAGGCACGUAAUUUCUUCCAGCAGAUAAUUUCUGGUGUGGAAUACUGCCACAGGAAUAUGGUUGUUCAUAGAGAUCUUAAGCCUGAGAAUUUGCUUUUGGAUUCUAAAUGCAAUGUGAAGAUAGCAGAUUUUGGAUUAAGCAAUAUAAUGCGAGAUGGACAUUUUCUAAAGACAAGUUGUGGAAGCCCAAAUUAUGCUGCCCCAGAGGUCAUCUCUGGGAAAUUGUAUGCUGGGCCUGAAGUGGAUGUAUGGAGCUGUGGGGUUAUUUUAUAUGCUCUUCUCUGUGGUACCCUUCCUUUUGAUGAUGAAAACAUUCCCAACCUCUUUAAGAAAAUCAAGGGUGGGAUAUAUACUCUUCCUAGCCAUUUAUCACCUGGUGCUAGAGAUUUGAUUCCAAGGAUGCUUGUGGUUGAUCCAAUGAAGCGAAUGACCAUCCCUGAAAUCCGUCAGCACCCAUGGUUUCAAGCUCGCCUUCCCCGUUAUUUGGCUGUCCCUCCACCAGAUACAAUGCAACAGGCUAAAAAGAUUGAUGAAGAAAUUCUUCAGGAAGUGGUCAAGAUGGGAUUUGACAGAAACCAACUUAUUGAAUCUCUUCGCAGCAGAAUACAAAAUGAUGCUACUGUUGCAUACUAUUUGUUAUUGGACAAUCGAUUUCGUGUUUCCAAUGGCUAUCUUGGAGCUGAGUUUCAAGAAACAAUGGAUUGUGGUUUCAACCGUAUGCAUCCAAAUGAACCUACUUCUCCAGCAGUUGGGCAUCGCCUUCCAGGAUACAUGGAUUAUCAAGGAGCGGGUUUAAAAGCACAGUUCCCGGUUGAUAGGAAAUGGGCGCUUGGACUUCAGUCACGAGCCCACCCUCGUGAAAUAAUGACAGAAGUCCUCAAAGCCCUGCAAGAACUAAAUGUGUGUUGGAAGAAAAUUGGUCACUACAAUAUGAAGUGCAGGUGGAUCCCAGGCAUUCCUGGUCUUCAUGAAGGCAUGAUUAAUGACCCUCUGCAUAAUAAUCAUUUCUUUGGGGAUGAAUCCACCAUUAUCGAGAAUGAUGGAGUCACUAAGUCACCAAAUGUGGUGAAGUUUGAAGUGCAGCUUUACAAAACUCGCGAGGAGAAAUACCUGCUCGACUUACAAAGGGUUCAAGGACCCCAAUUUCUCUUCUUAGAUCUUUGUGCAGCUUUUCUUGCACAACUCCGAGUCCUUUAGCAGGAGAAAGGGUAGACUUUCGAGAUCUCUGUCCACAGACCUCUUCUUAUGCCUGUGAAUAAGGAAUCACGGUGUAAAUAACUGUCUUUCAGUCUUAGUCUCAUGUUUACUGCUUUUAAUUUCUCCCUCAAUUUUAUAUGGGUGAUUGUUGUGUAAAAGCCAACAUCCAAAAGCACAAGUUGGCUAACUUACUAUUGAUCUGUUUUGAUAGUCUGUUAUCUCUCGCUAGGAUUUUCCUUAAUACUAUUAACCUUAUGGGGAAUUUCAUAAUUUCUAAGAAAGGAUUAACCUCUUCUUCCUUUCA